GCAAUCAGUUAGCAGUGGUGGUGCCUUUCAUAUCGUGCGGUGAUUCGUCAUUCAUUCAAAGAGCGAGCACUAGUCUGGAGUAUCCUUAUGUGUCUACGGAUAUUUUGCUUCAUUUCGACUCGUCCUUGUGCCUAGCCAAAUUGAUUGUUGAUAUUACGGAUAAAACUAACUUCGAUAAUGUUCGUUUGUUAAGCCCAUUAACAUGUUUCGCGGCCAGUUCGUCCGAUCAGUGCCUGAAAAAAUACGGAAGUCUUUAUCGCUGUGAAGAAAGUGCGAAGAAGAAGAACGAAAGGGCCACUCCUGUUUCAUUGUGUCUCGCUAAUGUCGAAGACUUGUGAAUUGUUCGCGUGAUUCUAAUUUGGUGCAAAAUUUUCUUACGUUUGGUGGCGCUACGUGUUAAAGUGACAGAAGGAACUUUAAGAUCAAAUUGUGAGAUUAGUUGCUUCGUGUAAAAAUGAUGAAAAGUUUGUUCGGCAGGAAAACUGCCAAAGACAAUGACAGAAACAAAAUAUCCGAGAUUGGAUUGCCCACAAAUGUGGUGCACGGAAUACAUGUCAGCAAAAAUAAGCUUACCGGUGAUUUGGAAGGUCUGCCAAAAGCAUGGAUCAGGCUUAUGGAUGCAUCCAUCACGCAUGACGAACAGAGUAAAAACCCAGAAGCCGCAUACCAGGCAGUCAAAUUUUACAAUUACUCGAUCAAGAAAAAGGAACAAGCAGAACCGUUUAAGCCAUUUAUAACCGAAGAUGCCAUCCACGAGGAAACCGAAUCAAUCGAUCAGUUUUUGGACAUGAAAAAUGCCCACAAAAGUGAGGAUUCUAUUGAAAGCGAGGAAAACUAUGCAGAAGUUUCACCUCCACCACCUCCACUACCGAAGAAGGCAAUGACCUUACCUCCAAAGCCACAGGUAAUGCCCAAGCCGAAGAACUACCCAAGAAUGACUAAAGGCUUCCAGAAUUUGAACUUGCUGGAAAGUGGGAAUAAGGAAACUAUGAUUAUUCACAGCAAUAGCACCACAUUGGAUAAUCAUAAAAGUGCAUACGAUUUAGUCAACAAAGUCGAUUUAGAUGCAGAAAAUGAGCUCAUACUGAGGCCAAAGGAGCAAAAUGUCCGUACACCGAAGACAGACAUGCAAGUUUACAACGAGCUAAAACGAAUUUGCAAUAUGAACGAUCCAUUGGAGCGAUACGAGAAAACUGUCGAAGUCGGUAAAGGUGCUUCUGGAGUGGUAUUUAUAGCCAAUGAUCGUCAUACUUCUCAAAAAGUUGCGAUCAAAACAAUCGAUAUGAAAAAUCAAUCAUCCAAAGAAUCCAUCCUCAAUGAAAUUAAUGUACUGAAAGACUUCAAUCACAGAAAUUUGGUGAAUUUCUUAGAGGCUUACUAUAUAGAAACGGUUGAUCAUCUGUGGGUCAUUCUUGAGUACAUGGACGGAGGACCAUUGACAGAUGUAGUCACAGAAACGGUGAUGAAAGACCGCCAAAUUGCCGCAGUCUGCCGUGAGGUUCUACAGGCAAUCAGCUUCCUUCAUUCGAAAGGGAUCAUACAUCGAGAUAUUAAAUCAGACAACGUGCUGCUCGGAAUGGACGGAUCGGUUAAAGUGACUGAUUUUGGAUUUUGUGCCAACAUCGAAGGCGAUGAGAAGCGUCAAACUAUGGUUGGAACACCGUAUUGGAUGGCUCCGGAAGUAGUGACCCGAAAGCAAUACGGAAAGAAGGUCGAUAUUUGGUCGCUGGGAAUCAUGGCAAUAGAGAUGAUCGAAGGACAACCACCAUAUCUAAAUCAGGCUCCUCUGCGUGCGCUCUAUCUAAUUGCCGCGAAUGGGCGGCCUGACGUAAAGAGUUGGGAUAAUCUGUCGGACAAUCUGAAAGACUUCCUGGACCGCUGUCUUCAAGUGGAAGUGGACCAACGAGCAUCGGCUGACGAAUUGCUGCAACACCCGUUCCUGCAGGACUGCAUGGAGCUGCGGACCCUGACUCCAUUAAUCAAAGCUGCCCGAAGGUUGCUGAAGCGGGACAACUAUAGCUAAGCCGGUGAAUGAAAGGGUGGAAAUAUGCCGAUAUGGCUGUGAAAAUAAGUGCCUUAAAAUUACAACCGAACUUCUGUUUCCAAUGCUGGACGGAAUGAAGAAAAAAAACUGUAUGCGAAGUGCUGAAAAUAGAUAAGGUUUCAACACUUUUUUCGUUGAUAAGGAACCCGCGUUUCGACGGCGGCAAGGCAAGUAAGAUUACAAGAAUGAAAAAGAAAGAAAAUUGAUUGAAAUUGUAUUUACAUGUCAUACUUUAUAGGAGAUGUCAUAUCGUCCAUUUUGUACUAGAGUGUGUUUUGUGCUGGAAUUGAGGGGUAUAGACGAGUGUAAAUGUGUAGCUAAGGUGUGUGAAGUCAAAGAAGUAGUGUUUUAGCUAAAGUAAUGACAACGGUAUUCGUCCUUCACAUUCCCACACACUUCCUUCUGGAUAUUUUCCUACGAAGUUACAUUCAGUUUGCACCAUCACAAAGUAAUUAUUAUUGUUGCUCAGUUUGCACAUUUGGAAGACUAAAAAUAUUAAAUUUUAAAUUUACCCUUGUAUGAAUAAGCUUUUUACAACUCUUUAAGGGGGAGGUUAAUUCGAGCCAAAAAAAGGCAUGUUUUGUACAUAUGUUGUGACAACACAGUUGAAACUUCUGUACUGUAAUCAAUGGUACAUUAAAGUUAGACAUUCGAAGAAUAUUGUGUAAUAUUUUCACAAAGAAAUAUUGAAGAAUAUUGCCUCGGACAAAAGUUGAAUUGCGAUGUUCCUCAUAACUUUGAUUUUCCUAGGUAUUUUAUCACUUUUUUGGAACGCUUAGAAGAAAAAAUGCAAUUUGCUGAAAAAAAAACACUUUUUGUAAUAUUCGGUGUUCGUUCAACGACAACGAUAAGUAUGGUAAAAAUAGCGAGCUUGGGUCAUGAAUGUAUGAAAAUCCGAUGCUAUAAAAUACACUUAUAACUAGGGUAAAGUGCCCAAUAGUGGACCCCCAACCAAUAGUGGACCCUCCAGCCAUUUUUGCAUUAUUACAGCAUAAUGUAAACAUUUUGCAAUGAAAUUCCAUCGGGAGAACCUACCUUACAGUCCUAUGAUUUGAUUACAUGGAUUGGAAAUGCUAUGGAAGGUAAAAUUAGAUGAUUUUUUUACAAUUCUAUAAAAAAUAAACACGAGAGUGCCCAUUAAAGGAAUAUUUUGGGGGGUCCAUAAUAGGGAAGAAGAACGUCCCGAAACGGAACAUAAAAAUCAAAUGAAGUGUCGACUAUAGGGAAGCAAUUUCCUAUUAUGGACCCCCAGAGGGUCUACUAUAGGGCGAAUUCAGUCAGACUUUAAAAUGUUAAUUUCAACGAAUGACGUCGUGUAUUUGAGUGUUUUAUGUAUGUACAUAUCGUGAAGAGGAGACGCAGAGCGUGGUAUUAGAUAUCAAGCAGAAUUAAUAUGUUGAAAAUUUCUACACAUUAUGACAGGAAGCGCAAAAUUCCGCUACUAGGGGGUCCACUAUUGGGCGUUUUACCCUACGUUUAAUCGGCCCAAAAACCCUAAAUGCUCAUUGAACUGUUUGAAUGCCCAGGGGAUGCAUGUACAGUACACGCUUUGCUUUAGUAGCCAGGAAACUGUCAGUGGUUCUCAAAUAUAGGAAUUCGGUUAAAAGAACCAAAUGGAAAUAAUACGCAAUGUUAUUCAUAAAUACUAAUGUUUCGAAUGGAAUAUGAAGGGUGUACGGAAUCAAAAUGCAUCACUUUCAAAGGUCGAUAACCUUUCUCCACCUGGUUUGAUUAAAACGAAAUUUUGUGUAGGACGGCUUCAGAAAGUGCAGUUCAAACUGCGUGAGUUUUAUUGAUAAAUUUCCAAGGCUUUCGUAAAUACUGUCGAAGGAACAGGACGUGCGUGGUAAAAUCUUUUGGAUUCACCUCAACAAUCCACAUUUUACAAAAGUACUCACCUGAUUUUUUAGCAUUUUACUUAUUUUUGGCUUUUUCCACGCAUGGGCGGAUUUGAGUGAAAGGAGCCAUAAAGUAAGUUGUUACGCGGUUCCGUGUAGAGUUGGGGCUGACCGAAAGAUACUGGGCUAGAAUGAAAACACGAGCUUCGGAGGCAUCCAAAAUUUUACAUUACAGAACAUAAAAUAUUGAAGUGGCCUCUCGCAUCAAAAUAUUUUAUUGGCCAAUAUAUAACCCUGCCGUCACAAUUUUUGAUUGGAAAUUCGACCAAAAAUUAGUCAAAUAUUUUAGAUCGAAUUCACAAAAAAAAACAUCUGUUUUGACACUUCUAUAGUAAAAAGCAAAAUUUAAAAAAAUCAAAAAUAAUUGCUCAAAUAUAAUUUAGGACUGAUAUUCGCGAAAUCGAGUCUGCCGUGCAUACAUCCAAACAUAAGUGGAAUCACUGAAGUUUAGCAUGGGAACGUAUAGGAAAUCAAAUAUCAAAUAGUUCCAAAAAAGUUGUUAGUCUUUAUAACUAAAAACUAAUUAACUAAUAAACUAAAUUUACAUAAAAAAUAUGUUAUUUUCAAAUUAAUAUGUUUAUUAUGGGGCUUAUUAAUGUGGUAUUAGACUCCACAUACUAAAUAGUUUUUAAUUAAAUAUUGUUCUGAAUUUAAAAAAUGAAUUUCAAAUUUUAUUCCGUGUUAAAUUACCAUCAUCGUCACUCAUACUCCAAACAUUUUCCAGAAGUCGCAUUGGAGCUACGACUUCAAGAAUUCGCCAAAUUUUGGGACAGCAUCAACUCUUUUGAGGCUUGGUGUUGCAUGAAGAAGAAGAAGAAGCAGAAAGAUGAUAAUCGAAAAAAUCUCCACGGGAAAGCAUACGAAGAAGUUUUCAAAACUCUUCUAGUCUUCUCAAAAAUUCUAAAACAAUUUAAUUAAAAACGGUAAGCAGUAAGGGGUUGGACUUUGUUUAAUAGAUAGUUCUACCAAUCUUCAAUUGAACUCUCUAGGUUCAGAGUCUGUGCUUUGAGGUAGUCAGGACGUCUAAAAAACACACGCAUAGUUGAAGAGGUUUAGAGGGCCAAAACAUUGCACUAUGGUCCAGGAAACAGAUUUACGCGGAAAGAUGCAUUUUACGCCAAAACUAUAUUUUUUAGAAAAAACUGUUAUUCUACAAAAUUGUUUGAAAUAGUAGGGCCAUCAUUAUGAUGCUACCAAAAAAUAGGGUAGUCCAUCAUAUAAAAAAAAAAUAAGAAAAUAUAGAAAAUAUAUUAAGCUCUUUUAGUGGAAUGUAUUCAACCAUCUAAGACGAAUUAAGUACUCUCCAUUUAAUUCCAACAAUUAUUUUCGAUAUCUUUGCAGAUACGUAUUUCGACCACAACUGUGUGACGUCUUCAGUGUCUCGUACUUGACUCGACGAGAGCGAUUCAUAUUCUUUGGUAUGACGAUGUUAUUAUAUCAAACACGCGUUUUGAAAAGCCCCAAAAGUCUUCAGACACUCGUGAAAAAUGAAAAAUUAAAAAUCUACUGCUUUGACACUUUUUAUAAGUUUUAUCAUUAUCACCGCAUUGCAAGAUUAACGAGAAAAGAUGCAUUUUCGGCCACAAGAAAAAAAAAUUCUACAGAGUUAUUCUGGAUACUUGAGCCCGUUACCGAAAAAUAGGGUGGGCCAUUUUAAAAAAAUGUGAAAUUUUAUUAUUUUUAUUUUGCGGAAAAUUGACAUAAAAUGUUCUACAAAAUUGAAGCGCAGCUUUUUCCAAUCAACUUUUAUAUAUAAACUUUUUAUGUAGCUCUUAAGCUCACUUGUUUAGAGCAAUUUCACUUACCAAUAUUAGGGUGUCCCUCAAAAAACAAUAUUUAUGAUCUGCUCAUUUAAUUUUUAAUUUUUUACAAAUGUCACCUUUUGAAGACUUUUGGGGCUUUUCAAAACGCGUGUUUUGCUGUAAUACAAUCGUCUGUAUCUUCUUCCGUUGUCGAGUUAUAUCAAUUUACUUGAAAAACAUGACUUCAGUAAAAUUGGUAAAACUUGAGAUAAAAAAUAUCAUAUCCCCAAUUUUUUGACAUAAUAAAGAAUAUGAAUUGCUCUUUCAAAUGCCGUGUAUACAUAUUUUUUGGUCUGCUCUAACCGGAGACAUCAACUUAUGAAAAAAAAUGUAAUUUUGACAGAAAAACGAUUAUAACUUUUGAUCGGAAAAAGAUAUUGAGCAUAUUUACCCAUCAAAAGUUGCAUUUUUGAGCUCUAAAAGUCACCUGAAGACUUUUUCGAGAAAUGAAAAAAAAGGAGAUUAAAAAUACUGUUUUUUUGUACAUCCGAAUCCAAUUAGGUGAAAUUGCCCUAAAUCAGCCAAUUUAAAAGGUACAGAAAAAGUUUUUUCAGCAAUUCAUUUAUUGGAAUAAGCUGCGCUACAACUUUGUAGAACAUAGGAUGUCAAUAUUCCGAGAAAUAAAAAAUAUUUUUCCAAUUUUUUUAUAUGAUGGGCUACCCUAUUUAUUGGUAGCAUCAUAAUGGUGAUCUUACUUUUUCGAACAAUUUUGUGCAACAACAGUUUUUUUCUAAAAAAUACGGUUUUGACGAUCUUUCCGCGUAAAUCUGUAUCCUGGACCAUAGUGCAUUGGUGCAUUAGGUUGUCGUAACAACUCUGCAGGGUACUAGUCUAACGAAGAGUCCUUCUAAAUGUCGUUCUCUAUUUAGCAAUGUUCGUUUUUUUUGAGUUAAAUGUUUGACCUUUUUACAUUUCAUUUACUAUUUUAAUCAUCGUUUGCUUAUCCCUGUUACGUAAAUGCAACUUACAUAUGUUCAAAUGCAAAAAAUAGUUCAAAUAACCAACUGCAACGGCACUAGCAGAUUGGGAAAUGCUGACUUUGGAGUGCUACCACCAAAGAUAAGACAGAUCAUAGUCAUUUCGUCUUCACGAAAAUUGUAUGACUCAUGAAUGUUUCCCGUUAGCUACAUCGGCCUGCAGCUCAGUAUUACACACAGUGCACGUGAGAGGCGCUCUUCAUAAUAUACCUGCAUAAAUUUAUUGUGGCACGAAGCAGUGAUGGAAAACAGAAUGAAAGAAUGUUACUUUCGCUUUCGUUUUGAUUAAGUAAAUUGGCUGCAGUACAAGAUCAUCUUCUAAUUUCCCCUCCUAUGGUGUUUUUGGAUUGCUUUCCGGUACAUGUCUAUACAAAACAGAAACCUGGGCAGUACUGUAGAGCGAGUAUGAGUACACGCCGGGGAGCGUUUGCGAUGAUUUGGGAUUUGCGUGCAUGCCUACAGUAUAAUGAAAUAACAGCUUGGAGUGGGUUGUUUUUCAACAAUUUUUCAUGUCUAUCAGCCGUUUACUAUUACAGUCACAUAGCUGCUAUACGCUUGGUUAAAUGAUUGGACGAUUGGGUCGUAAAUAAUAAUAAAAGUAUGAGACACACGUUUCGAAGACAUGUAGGAAGCGUUCUGUUAGUGUUGGAGUACGAACGGAUCCACCCGAUCUGACACCUUAACUGCAAAGAAGAUCAUUACGCUAUUUAUACAUAGUUGAUAUGUAGGUAGAUUCUACUACAUACCUCGACGGAAGAAAAGAUAAUCAUUGAUUGAUAGUCAGGGUAGCAAAGUUGAUGCACUACAUCUACAAAACAUACAUUUACACUGUCGACGAGACGAGUAAAGCCAUUAGAUAACUGUAGUCCGGUGUUGAAAAUAUUUGACCUUAACCGCUAGUUAUGAGAAGGGUUGCACUUCCGCCAGCUAUAGAUAAUACAUAUAAUCAACAUUAGAUGAAACUGAUAAAUAUCACUUGAGCGUAAUGAAACGCACCACAUGACUAAUGACACCCUCGAUUUAUUCGCCUGUUUUGUAAUACUAGCUUUCUUUGCUUUCUUGUAGGCAUUCAAUUUGUAACAAUUUUGAUUUGAUGUACAAUUUUUAUUAUUGAAAAUAGAUGAUCACCCUCAUCCUACUGAGAUUCUGUGAACUUCGUAUGAAAAAUUUGUUUUUGAAGUGGAAUUAUAGCCUUUCGAUACAACUUUGUUGCAACGAAAAAAAAAACAAAAUCGGAGCUGCUAAUCAAGGUACAGCACUAAAUUGAUUUAUGACUGAUAAAAUGUAUGUCCAGGGAUUCAUUCAUGCUUAGUCGAGGGUUCAUUUAUGGAGCUGCAAAAACGUAGCGAAAGUUAAUAUUGUUAUCGCACGUCGAAGAGAUCUUUUGAUACAGUAUGCCAACAAAGUUGAAUCGUAUUCCAAUAAACACAGUUAGAUAUAGGUACCUAUACCUAUGUACACUGCCAAACUAUAUUUCCAUUUUUGGUGCACAACCCUCGUCUGCCUAUCUGUUUUUAUCAAUUUAUAGAAAUUAGCAUAUCUUGGUAAUGUUUGCGUAUCAAAGAAUAUCGUGUUUGACUCAUGUUGAUGAUGAACCAUUUUGCUAUUACCUAAAGCUGAACAGCUAAGAUUUUGGCAAUAUUUGUGAUAUUGUUUGCUGAAAUAUCUGUCUAGUGUCUAUUGCUAGGAAGCAGUACUGAAAGCAUCACUGCAUAUGAUCGCAUAUUUCUAGAAACUUUUUUCAAAAAGGCGUAACUGUAUUUGAGAAAUUUGAAACGGCUUACACUCUCACUAUUCAGCAUAUUUCGUUUAAUCGACGCCACGGCCAGAUUGAUUGCAAUCUAUUCUUUCUGUUCGAUACACUGCCAUUAUAUGCCUAAAUAUCCCAUGUAUGUACAUAGGAAUACAUACCAACAAACAUGAAACACAUAUGCAUAUUACGAUCGUUCAUUAGUUGACCAAAAUAAAUUGAAUUAGGAAACUUCUAUAAAUUACGUAACACAAUUACCAUUACAAAAAUCAAGGUCGGACAAUUACGCCCUUUUGAAAAAAGUUAUCAGAUUUGUUACAAAACCAGUUUUUGCGUUUUUAAGUAGGGGAAAUGACGGCUUUGGCAGGUUUUGUUCUAUUAUUGUCAGGGGGUUUUCUAUAACUAAUUAUGCUCAAAUUUGGCACAAACGUUCUUUGCAUAUCAAAGAAUGUUGUGGCCAAAUUUCAUAAAUUUUGGUCAACAAAAACCCCCUGACAAUAAUAGAACAAAACCUGCCAAAGCCGUCAUUUUCCCUAAGGAAAGGAUUAUGCAUCGUCUCCAACUUUUAAGUUUUUUUUGGACAACUAGGAGAAACUAAAAAGUUUCUUGCAUAUUAAAGAAUGUUGUGGCCAAAUUUCAUAAAUUUUGGUCAACAAAAACCCCCCUGACAAUAAUAGAACAAAACCUGCCAAAGCUGUCAUUUCCCCUAAGGAAAGGAUUAUGCAUCGUCUCCAACUUUUAAGUUUUUUUUUGGACAACUAGGCGAAACUAAAAAGUUUAGUCUAAUAAACUCGGAAGAAUUAUCCAGUUGUGCAUUGUGAUCGCAUAACAGUCACGCUGGAAACUUCCGUGACACUUGCGCCAUAUUUCUCGUACUCGUACAUAUUGUAACGCAGUUAAGUUGCACUCAAAUAAUAAGAAAUGUUAAUGGUGUUUCAGUAAAAAGUUCUUCGAGUUUCAACCAAUUUUUUUCUUUGCAAUUUAUAUGAAAAUGAACAGAUUUUCAUACUAAAGUCGCCGUUCCACAUCUCGAUAUUGAAAGGACCAUCAAGAUAUGGAAAGAUAGAGGAAUGGAAGAAGCAUUGAAAUGGGCACUUACCUAUACCAAAGUUUCUAACAGUAAAGUUGCGCAAAGAGCUUACACUGAUUCUGAAUGAUGCUCAUGUUAUAAUGUUGGCAACUUUCAUUUUUGUUCAACCCUUCAAAUGAUUUAACGGGAGUGUUCACUUCUAAUGCUUUCAAAUUCGAUAACCACGUUACCCACAGAGUGCUAACAAGUAAGUUUCUUGUUGCUACAGUAAUGGGAGGGCGGUUUCAAGUGUGAAGAGGCCUUCCUUAGCCGUGCGGUAAGAUGCGCGGCAACAAAGCAAGACCAUGCUGAGGUUUGGAAAUUGUCUCGGCUUCCCUGAGCAUAAAAGUGUCAUCGUGUUAGCCUCAUGAUAUACGAAUUACGAAUGCAAAAAUGAUAACUUGGCUUAGAAACCUCGCUGUUAAUAAAUGUGGAAGUGCUUAAUGAAUACUUAGCUGCGAGGCGGCAAUGUCCCAAAGUGGGAUGUAAUGCCAAUGGAGAAAAAGUAAAGAAGUAUUUUAAGCUGUUUUUAGAACAAAUCUAAUACAUUUUAAUUCUUGCGAUUCAAUUCGCCAUAAAUAAUCAUUAGGGACCCUCCUUAGUCGUGCGGUAAGAUACGCGGCUACAAAGCAAGACCAGGAUUACUCCAAAAAACAUCUUGUGAUAGAAGGCUCGGACACCCAUGGUGUUAUAUACCGAUCAACUCAGUUCGACGAACCGAGGUGAUGUCUGUAUGUGUGUAUGUGAACAAAUUUUGUAGACACACUUUUUUAAACUUAGCAUUGCCCGAUUGACUCGCAACAAAUUGCAUUGUAUAAUGUGGUCCCAUAGUUUGCUAUUGAAAAUUGAAAAAAAAAUCAGUGAUGAUGGCAAAGCGUAUUAAAUCAUGCAAAAACAUGCAAAAUGAUAUAAAACAUGCGAUGUAUUCCCCUAAAGUGCUUUUUUGGCCUUUCUAAUGAAUUUUUUUCAAUACAUUUUAUGAUGCACGAGAAAGGCAUCAUCGCCGCUAGGUGGAUUAAUCUUUUUUUUCAUAAUAUCCAGACAAGCAUCUCCCAGCAAAUUGGUCAUUGUCCGCUACGACAAACAUCGUCGAACUGUGAGGCUCCCGCUUCUUAAUUUUGUACACUUACUCACUAGUGAAUCCAGAGUUCUGGUUAUGAUGGGGCACCAGCAAUUUUGGUUCGAUCGGUUCAUUGAUAGUUUGGCAUCAGCAGUAAGAACUAUAAUUGUGCUUUAAGCACGGUCACAGCAGAUAGUGAAUUGCAUUUAAACAUAAGAUCGACUGAAACAUUUUGGCUCAAAGUUUACGCAUACACAGACUUUUAUGAUUGAAACGAGUCUAUUUGUAGGGGGCCCCUUGCACGACCCCUUGCUCAAUGUCUCGGCACGCGGGUUGUAUCUUUCCCAGGGAACAAUUAUAUCGCUUCACGUCUUACGUUAUGUUUAAUUGUUACUACGGCCGAGUUGCCGAAUAAUAUGCAAUUAAUUGUAAUUGUUACUGUCUGAGCUGAUUGCUAUUGGUACAUUAUUACGGACCACUGCAAUCUGCGUGUCGAAAUUUUUUAAUCCCUGCUUAGUUCUAAAAUUAGGAUUGUAUUUAAAGUGCUAUGUGAUACAACGCCAUUGGAUACUUCACCAAAGUCCAAAUUGCAAAGUCCUCGCUCCAAUAUUAAACACUCUUUUCAACAAUGAUGUCACAGAUUUUAGGGGGGAGGGGGUCUAAGAUUUUGUGACAGUACAUAUACUAGGUAUACAAGAAAGCGUGACAAAGGGGGGAGGGGGGUCUAGAAAUCUAAAAAAGUAGUGGACGUCUUAUUUGAAUCGCCCUUUAUGUACAUUAUUUUGUGCGCUCUGAUUGUGCACUGAAAUUUGUCGUAGUUUUAAACUUGAUGUUUUAAGAGCAUUUCCACGGCAUUUUGAGGGCUUUCUAUUUUCUUUGGAUUCGAACCAUGAAACCAAUAAAUCGUGUAAACAUGCAACUUUCUUCGUAAAUUAUUGUGUCAUGGUGCUUCUGAUGGUUUACUUACAGAUAUCAUUAUUAUAGAAUUAAUAUAUGACCUACCAAGUGAAUUAUGAAAAUACAAAACAUAACCAAUUAGAUAUCCAAACCGUAGACGAUAGCUCAAAACCAUUAUACACCUGUCAGUUUGAAACUACAUGCAAUUAUAAACAUAUUCGAAAAAAAACUUUCUGUAUACUUAUUUCAUGAGAAAACGAAUCGACUGACAUGAAACAUGAACGAAACUUUUAGUAAACAUAUAUAUUGAAAAUAUGCUCUGCAAAAACCAACACUAGAUGUGUUUUUAUAGAUAUUUUUUGUGCUAAACAGGCAAUCAGUAUACAAAUCAGUGCAUCAUCAUAAGAAGAUCGUACGCAACAAUCACAGCAAUAAAACAAGUAUUGCAAUAUACAUGCAUUUAAAGGUAUUGUUUUCCGAUUUUGUAUAUUGUAGAAAACGUAGCUAAGACUUGUCUAAUAAAGCACAACCACUACGAAAAGAUCAAUUCCAUGUAUGUAGGUGUUUUGGUGUCCAACAGUGUCGCAUCAUAGAAGAUUAACUUUAGAAUUUUAAUUAGAGAACGGUCACCAUUCUGCAAACUCUUGUCAAUGACUCACUGUAAAUAGUAUUUUUAGUACAGCCACGAUUUGUAAACAUAGGAUAAGAAUCCUAUCAACAAGUUUUUUAUUCCGAGUUACAUUUUUAUUUAGUCAAAGUAUCUUACACAAAGAAAAGUAUAAUUUCCGGACAAGGUUUGUUGUGUUUGCCUCCUAAGUGGUGGUGUAUCCUGAAGAUAUCCGUAUGUAUAACAAAAUAAAAAAUGGUCCACCGGAGUAAUUGAUCGAAAAUCAAUGUAUUGCACUAAGUUUCCAUACGACAAUAUUAUUAUAUAAAACAUAAUUUACUCGA